AUGGGCAACGCUCAGGGACAGCUGAGCCCCCAGGAGCAGAAGGACCUCGUCCAGGCCGCCAACUUUAGUGAGCGCGACAUCAAAAAGUUGUACAAGCGGUUCCGCGCCCUGGACACAAACCAAAAUGGAGAACUCGACCCCCACGAGCUUUUCGAUGUACCCGAGAUAGCAGAUGUGCGUUUUACUUCUUUCGAGCAUCCUUAA